AUGGCAACAUUGAACUUUGCUUUGAAAAACAGUACCGGUUCUAAUACGGUCUACGCCUACAUUACAGGCCAGGCGCUUGAUAAUAACAACGCGCUUUUCCUCUUGCGAUCUGAUGGGAGGACACCCUACUAUCCAACCUCACCAUCGGCCACCAUCACCAACCUGAGUGCAGAUUGCGCAAUUCCACUGGGUGCAGCGGGUAGCACUACCACCAUAACUAUUCCGCACCUUGCAGGCGCGCGAUUGUGGUUCGUGCAAGACAACAAAUUGACAUUCUAUCUGAACCCUGGCCCUGCCCUUGUUGAGCCUUCGGUAUCCAACCCAUCAGACCCUAACUACAAUCUGACCUGGGCCUUUUGUGAAUUCACCUGGAAUAACGCCCAGCUUUAUGCGAAUCUCAGUUAUGUCGACUUCGUGUCAAUGCCUAUUGCUAUGACCCUAACCAACGCAUCUGGUGCAACCCAGACCGUUCAGGGCCUACCGGCCAAUGGUCUUGACCUAGUCUGCAAUGCUCUCAGAGCGCAGAAUAGCAAGGAUAACGCCGGCUGGGACAAGCUCAUAAUCCAGCGAAACGGUGUCAAUUUGCGGGCCGUUUCUCCAAACACGGGAAGAACGCUCAAUAGUUCUUUGUUCAACAAUUACUACGAUAACUACGUGAACCAGGUCUGGUCUUACUAUGCAAAGAGCACCAACAAUAUUUUGACGGUCAACACGCAGGCUGGCGCCGGUGAUGUUACCGCUAAAGUUGCCUCUGAUGUUUUGUCCUUCUCAAUUCCAGGUAUUACUUACACCAAGCCGUCUACUGGAGACAUAUUCAGCAACAGCUCUGGGUCUUUUGCCGUUUCAGGAAAUGGCACCAAAGACGCCAUUACAGCGCGUCUCGCGGCUGCAUUCAAUCGCUCAACCCUGUUGAUAAAUGGCAACCAGCCGAACGGGGAGUCGGUUUCAAAAUACUACCAGAAUUCCGUCACGAAUCACUACUCGCGCAUCUGUCAUGCCGUGAGCCUUGACAGCCGAGGCUAUGCAUUCCCCUAUGAUGAUGUGGCGCCUAACAAUGGCUCCGAUCAGUCUGGCAGUGUUUAUGAUGGAAAUCCAAAGCUGUUGACAGUUGCUAUUGGCGGCGGCUCUAGUAACUCUGGCAAGAAGUCUGUCGUUGAGAACAAUGCUGUGCCUGUCCCACAACCAGUGGAGAAUGGACAAAGCAAGGCAAAUGGAAAGAAGCCGAGCCGCUUCCACGGGCUGAGGAGGUUUGUGGAUAAGCUAUCGCACAGGGAGUAA